AAAUAAAAUAAAAAAGACAACACUGAAAAAUUACAACACAAAAGUUGUUUUCCUCUAAUUUCCAAAUUUAAACCACAAAAAAUCAAAUAGAUUACUUGUUAAAAUGAUUAAACCAUAAAUUAAAAUCAUCAUUAUGCUAUUCAAAACUCUUAUAUGCGUUUUGCUAUUCCUCGUGUUUAUUUAUUGGUUUUUACCAGCAAGCAUAAGUUGGUAUCUGGAAAGAAAACUUAAAGCCAAAGUACGAAUUGGACGGAUUAGCAUACGUAUAUUAGCUUUGAAAAAUGUUAACAUUAGCAAGAGUGGAUUUUCAGUGCAAAUUGAAGAGAUAUGCCUGCGAAGUAGUUUUUUCAAUACCGAAGUCUCCAAGUUGCUAUCUAUUUACAUUCGUGACAUCAGAAUUAAUAAAGAUAUCGAUACGAAACAAAACAAUGGCUCCCCUGUUGAUAUCUUAAAAGAAUUGGAAAGUCUUCAAAAUCAAAGGCAAAAUGCUAGAAAAGGAAUGCCUGAUUUUCGACAGGCAAAAGUGCCUCCGAGUAUAAUUACUUUUGCUCAGUUCAUGGCAGUUCAUGUUAAUAACAUUUCUGUAGUUCUUAUGAACAACGACUUUGAACCAGGCUGGUUUCUCCAUGCAACUGCUAAGGAACUUCAUUUAGAUGGAAGUAUUGUUCAUAAUGAAAAAACUUUGCUUGUCAAUGCAAUUCUAAAUGAAGCACAGGCCAAAAUUCUACGACACUGUCCUUCUAGGCGACAAUCGCUAGAGAAUUUAAAUAAAAUAAGACCAUGCUUAGCUGAAUUAAGUUUUGAUAUAGCUUUGGAUGGAAUACUUUUUGCCCAUGGACCAUUAUCUGUAGAUAAACUAUCAUUAUCUAUGAACAAUGCUAAAUCAACCAUUCAUGGUGGCCUUUAUGAUUUCUUACGUGAAGCCAAACAACGUAAAAAACCAGCCGAAAUAAAAAUUCUUGAACAACCAAUGGUUGUUAAAAAACCAUACAAUAAUGAGGCAUAUCAGAAAAUCGCCCCAAUUAUUCCAAAGAAUUUUAGUUUUAUUAUUAAAGCUGCAACAUUUUCGGCAGUUAAGGAAAAUUCACAAAAUGAUUUUAGUGCUAAAAUGCAACUAUUCACAAUUACAGGAAAAUUCAACUCAAAAUCUCUAAAUGAAAACGUUCAUCUGCCAACUUUAUAUACAAAAAUAUCACUUCAACAUCUUGACAUUGAUACGAAGUUUGAAAAACUUUUAUUUAUUGAACAGUUUACUAUUGAUUCUGUGUUGGAAAAUGAUAUGGUCAACUUGUAUCUUAAACUGAAAACCUUCCAACUCAUUUAUAAUCAUAGUGAAAUUUACAACUGGGUUAAUAAUAACUUUUUAUCACAAAAGAAACCCCAACCACUAUUGCUAUCGCAUCUUACUGACGCUGAUGCUGCAUCUCAACCAUUAUCAAAUAAUAAUAGUUUCACCGAAUGGAUACUCAAACGAGUUGUUAUAAAAGGUUGUGCAGAACUAUGGAAUGUCUCAACUCUGGUUAAACUUGAUGAACAAAAUGCUGCUGUAAGUGUAAGUCACACAAGAUUGCUACUCGAACAAUUCGAUGAGAAACGAAGCAACCGAUAUAAAACAGAAAUUCUUAAUCUCCUAUUGGACCAACGUCAUUGGAGUACAGAAUUAAUGAUCGAAUCAUUAUGGUGGUCAUUGGGUAAUUCAAUUAAUGAUACAAAUAAUCUAAAAAAAUCCCACUCACCUGGAAGUCCAUUCUUUUUGGGUGUAAGUCUUGUCAAAUUAAGCAGCUAUGGAAAUGUCACAAAAUUGGAAAUCUCUGUUCAUACUCUACGAACAGAAUAUAGUUUAGCUUUGGCUGAGUUUAUUGUUAAAUCAACACAAUGUAUCAAGCAGUAUGGUCGAAUGGAUAUGAAAAAGAAACCACGUGAGGCUUUAGAAGGUUCCACAGCAGAUCCCAAUGCUGGUCUGUUGGUGUCAAUGAAAAUCAAAGAUAUUAGUGCGUUCUUUAUAAACCAUCACGAUGCUUGGUUAUUAAUUAGUUUAACCGAUAUCACUCUAACCCGGUCACAUCAAGUUUCAAACUUUCGUUUGGAAGAAUUUCAAAUGGCCAUUAUGAGAUCAAUGAGAUCUUCAUCAUUAUCACUCAAUGAUUUCACUGAUAUAUUCGCCAAUGUUAAAAUCAUUCGAAUGGAAUAUGAGAAAUUUGAAAAUUCGAGACCCAAAAUUUCAGUCUAUAUUCCAGGUAAUAGUGAAGCUACGUGGAAUUCAAAUUUACACAUGCAUGUGGUAACAUUGCUGCGAGAUAUGGGAGAACUUAGAACUGAAUUGAAUUUAUCGCGACCAUCGACUCCAUUAUCAUCUGAUAAUUUGCCACCAUCCCAACAACCAUCUGAUCCAAAGAAUAAACUAAUAUUAGAAAUCUCUGCAGAGAGGAGUACAUUAUUCGAAAUAAAAAUAUCAGAGCGCCAUACAAUGCAAUGGUUCCUGGAGAAUCUUUUUGUUAGUCGCAAAGAGGGCAACUUUAUAUCGGCCGAGAAUAUUUUCAUAAAAAUCGAUGAUCAGCAUAUUUUCACGGUGAAAGAUGUGGACAUUCAUUCGCUGCCAAAGCUAGAAAUGCUGACACAUGAAAGAGCUAAUUGUGAAGGAUUUGUAUUGCCCACAAAUAAAGUUUGGGUCACAACUAUAGGAGUGUUUAAGGCUAUUUUUCCAUAUGAUCAUGACUUUUAUGAUGCAGUUCAGUAUGAAUUUAUAUCGCUUUUCAAAUGGUUGAAAUUUGUGCAUAAUUUUAAAAAGAAACCAUUUACAGUGACAUCACCUUUACCGAGUGAUAUGGUUAUACAGAUCAAAGAGUUCCUAGUUGAAAUAAGUGAUGAUCCAUUUGAAGUGAAACUUCGUGAUAAUUAUGUUCUUUUGGUUGAUGAGUAUUUGGAGAGUUUGAAACGUAAAAAACUAUUUGAACAGAAAAUUGCUGAACGAUGUUCGGAACGUCUUCUUGUGCCAGCUGGUACAAUAGAGAGUCUUUAUGCUAAUCUUGUUAAGAAAAACUCUGAAAUCUACAUACAAAGAUCGAAAAAGAUAAGUGUAAGUGGACCAGUUCGAACGAGACUGCUAGCUUGGAUAAUGACGGAUGUUGAAAUAAUGGCUAUGGCUGAUACUUCUAUACAUGGUACGGAAAAUGUAACACGAAUAAUGAGAGAAAUCGAUACAGAGAGUCCAUGGCCAGAAGAGGGAUUAGAAUUCACGACACUUUGGUGUCGAAAUGUCAAUGUUAGUUGUACUGAGUGGAAAUUUAUGUUGAGAGAUUUCCCCCAGCCAAUGUUCUAUGUGAAGGCCAUGCGUCUCUUUGGAACUCUUUGUGGAGCAGAACAACUUGCUCCAAAGCGAGCCAAACGUGAUGUCAUAAUUGAAGUUGGCCAUCCAUUCGGAAAUGAUAUGAUUCAAAGAGGAAUGACAUCUCUAAAAUACUAUCAUGACUUUGACUGCGAACUAGAUUUCUGUAGCUAUGCAUUUGGUCCUUGCUGGGAGCCAGUAAUGGCUCAAUGUAAUUUAAGCUUUGAAAAAAUAUCAGCCCCAUCAAAAGAUCCCAGUCCGGUUCUACCAUUCUGGGAUAAGUUAAGACUUUUACUGCAUGGUAGAUUGACUAUGAUUGUAAAACAAUUUACUGUACUUUUGCAUGCGUCAUUGGAUCCCUAUAAUACAACCGAAGAAAUGGAACUUACAUGGAAUAAUUGUGGAAUUGUAUGGACAAAUGCUAGGAUAAUUUUCAAAGGAGAAUUGAAUAUUACUGUCCGGACAGCCUCACGUUAUGACGAUUGUCGUCUUUUACAUUUUCCAAAUUUAAAAUUAACAUUAAAACUAAAAUGGAUUUGUCUAGCCAAUCCAAAUGACCAUCAUGCCGUGAUACCAUGUGCUCCAGAUAAACUACCCGAGUACUCAAGCAAUCAAGUUCAUGAUUCUUUUCGUGCAUUUCGAUCUCAAAAUGUCAAUAUUUGGAUCUCAUUCGAAACAAAACCAGUACCUAGUGAAGAUACUGAAGCAGAUAUUCCAAGUUUGGUUCUCUAUGGCAGUACUUUACGAUGGUUUGAGAGUUUGAAAUUGAUAUUGUCAGGUGUAACAAGGCCCACUCGUCGAGGACAUGUCUUUAAUAAUGUUCGACCAAGAAAAAAACAACUAAGUCGACAUUACAAACGAGCCAAUUUGCAAAUGAGCCUUCACAAAUUUCAAGUUCUCUAUUGGAUGUCACAUGCUUUGCAUAAAGGCUUUCAACUAAAUGGCGGUAGAGUUUCUUUCAGUUCAGAACAUUGUCUGAGCCUCUGUCCCAUCAAUGAUGGAUUGAUUCAUCGUCCCAGAGCCGAUUGGUCAACUGUUUAUAUGAAUUGUGAACUAAAUGAUGCUGAAAUCUGGCUAAAAAGCAUUUUAACUGAGAAACUCGAAAGCAGUUCAGAGAAUAUUGCCAAUUCGGAUGCAUUUAAAAUUGUGCGUUUUUACUUUCUAAGUGUUGAUAAAGUGUCUUAUGGACGAGAGGCAUUAAUUCCCAAUGAAGAGGAUUCCAAAGGUAAAACCUCCACACCUGCUCACAAAUUGGUUGUUUACGAUUUGAAGGGUGCCUGGACUAAAAAUAACCGAGAUGUUGCCUUUGCACUUUUUGAUUCUUUUAUGAAAUCGCAAAAAUUGAAAAAUAAUCUUUCAACUGAAGCAGUUAAGGGAUUCCGUAAAGAAGCAAACUCGAAUAUUAUCAAAAAUCGACGCAAUGAAAGUGGAACUGCUACCCCAGAAGUUCUACCAAUCGGGGGAGAGAAUGCUUCGACGGCAAUUAAGAAACCUCAACAAACUAGUCAUGCUACUGCUAUGUUACAGCAAUUAAUCGCCGAGGCUGAUCACAAAUUUAAUGUCUAUAGUGAUGAUCAGAGUACUCAGACAAGAGAAUUACUUUUGCAGGGUUUACAAGCUUGUAAUUCCCAAGACAUUAUGCAUGAAAAUUGGUCAAUAUCUCUCGUUAAUUCCCAGGUCUUACUUAAAGGAUGCGAGACAUCGGGUUAUGUUAUAAUAAGUGCAGCCAAAGCAGAAAUCUUACAAAGAGUGCAUAGUCCUGUUUGGAGAGAUCGAUCAUUGGUCUCGAAAACAACAUGGAAAGGUCUGCUCGAAUGCAUGCAGUACUAUGCUACUGUCAGUGCUGGAGAACAUGAUUCUCUUCUCGAAAAGGAAAUCAUGUGGUUGACAGUCGAUAAUAUCCAGGAGAAAGAUAAAGAUGCUACUGUGAUCAAUGAUCUGCCAGAUAUUCCACAUCUUGUUGGAAGUGGCCGGAGUGUGGGAGGUGUUGUUUCUGAGACAGUUGGAGCUUCAUCGGCUUCAGAUGCUGGCGUCGCUCAGCCACUUCAACUCCAGCGUAUUGUUUCUCGCUGUAAAUGUGAGUUCUUCUAUGUAAGUUAUGGCGAUCCAAUAGAUCCGAAUUCCAUAGAAACUGUUCCAACCCCACCAUCAGAAGAAACGCUAAGUCCUUGGGAGAAACAAGAUGAUCCCGCUGAUGCAUUCACUCUUAUGCAUCAUGAUUUGGAUGUUUGCACAAACUCCCUACAGUAUGCAAUGAUUCUCGACAUUGUCAAUAAUCUUCUUUUGUUUGUUGAGCCUCAAAGAAAACAAGCUCUAGAGAAACUUGCUCGUAUGCGAUUCAAAUUGCAAUUAUAUUCGAGUGAAGAUCAAAAGAGACCCAUUCAACAUUUGCAAACUCAAAUUCGUAGUCUUCUGAUGAAGAUUCGUUCCUUGGAAAAGGAUAUUCAUUUAAUUGGCAAAGCACGUGCCGAGGAGGGUGAUUCCCGAGAGUUACGUAUUGAUUUCGAACAAGUCCAAAAGUCAAUAAGGGACAGUAAAGAGGAACUAAAUAAUCUCAGUGAAGAGUUGGAUAUGAUGUUGCUUUGCUACAAAGAAACCCAACUCUCAACGAUGAGUAAAAUAACCAAUGUCAGAGGGGCAAACAAAUCCGUAUCGAUUGUGCGAGCAAAUGAAAUAUGUUUUAAACGAGCUCAAUGGCGUCUCACCGAAACCGAUGGACAAAUUGGUAUUGCUGAUCUCGUACUCAGUGGCUUUUUGUAUACAAAAAAAUCCAAAAGCGAUGAUUCCGUAGAACAUCUUUUAGAACUGGGUAACAUCCGAAUGAAUAAUUUAAUUCCUCGUGAAAUUUACAAAGAAGUCAUUUGUCCGACUGAAAUUCAAAAAGAUAUGCCCGUUGACACGCACAAGCGAGUUUUACGUGUUUUCUGUCGUGAAAAACCUCCCGUCGGUGGUAUUUCAGUUAAGGAACACUUUGAAAUUAAUGUUGCACCCAUUACAAUUGCAAUAACAAAAAAAUUCUACAGUACAAUGUUGAAAUUCUGUUUUCCCGAUCGUGAUGCAUCCGAGACUGAGGCAGUCGAUGAUAUUGAAGAAAAUUCUUCAGGCAGUUCAUCGUCAUCACAAAAAUCAUCGAAAAAAGCAUCAAAAUCAAAGAAAAGUUCUAAAGACUCCGAAUUUUAUGUGAAAAUUGAAAAAGAUGAUGUUGAAAAGAUGAAAGAACGAGCAGAGAAGAAUAAACUUUUCAUUUAUAUUAAAAUUCCCGAAGUGCCUGUGCGUGUUAGCUAUAAGGGAAAUAAAGAGAAGAAUCUUGAAGAUAUUACAGAUUUUUCAUUGGUCAUUCCUACACUAGAGUAUCACAAUGUUACAUGGACAUGGUUGGAUUUGUUGUUGGCAAUGAAAUCAGUUAGUCGAAGGGUUAUUCUAUCGCAGGCUAUUAAGCAAAAGUUGCAAAUUCAUAGAAGACAGCCACUUACUUCGGCUGGUGAGAGGGCAUCACCACAGGAGGAGGAUAAAGCGAAGAUGCUUUUUGGAAAUCGUUUAGCAAAUGAAAACCGAAGCCAAAGAAGAGGAGUCUUCAAAUUUACAGCAAAUAAUCCAAAGUAGUAGUUAGAAGUACUAGAAGACGAAUUUAUUUGAUCAUGUUUUCAUCAACAUUAUACCAAUCCAGUGAUAUUAAAAACUAAUAAUAACAAAAAAAACUUUGGCUCCAGACAUGUAAACAGUGUGAACUAGUAUUUAUAAAAGGGGUAUUUCAGUACUUUUUUGUAUGUGACCCGCAUAGAGACAGGGUCUCCGCCGGUGAACGUACUUUAAGCACUUGUAGUUGCUUUUUUAAGCGUUGUAAAGCACUUUCCAAAAAAACUGUUAUUAAUUGGCAUGUUUCUAGACAAAGUCAUAAAAUAAAUAGUCAAGGGUAGGCAAGUUACUAUCCAUUUAUCGUUUUCUUUCCGUUAAAAAAAAAGUAUUAAUAGUAAAUUUUGUUAAAAAAUAAAAAUACAAACAAAUAUGUGUGUCAUUUGAUUGCUGUAUAAAAAAACAAUAAAAUAAAUAAUUUAUUUUCAAUACAAAUCUAUUUGUGAAAAAUA